CACAAUGAGUUUCUUUUACAGAAACCUACGAGCAGUCCUUCCGAAGGAGUGAGCUUGAUCGCUUUGCUAAAUUAGUUGUACGUUAAAGUGUAUUUAACGAACCAGUCAAUUCCUGAUUUCAUAUUUCCUAUUCUCUGAGCUGACUAAGCUAAUGAAGAACAAGUCGGUCCCGUAUUAACUCGUUGAAAAGGUGCAAUCAAGGCCUCAGGACAGAAAGCACCACUACAAUAACGGGGGAAGACUGACAGAAACUGCACAAUUUUUCCUUGAUUUCAUCCUUCUCCUUAUGACACUAUUAUAUUUCAUAUUUUUACCUAUUUAUUUAAAACUUUAAGCAGGCUUUUAUAUUUAUUUUCAAUGGUUCUCUUUCUGGACUGAAAUUGGAGGGGAAAACAAUCUUCUCUUUCGCUUUUUUGAAAAACAAUUAUCAUUGUGAACAAUGAUUCCUGUGUUUAGUCCCAGCAGCGCCACCUAGUGUUGGAACAUUGCCUCUGCACACUCUGAGAUUCAUACGAGAAUUUCUCAAUCAGCCAGUGUUAUUUUCCCUUAAUGAUGAGUGAUGAUAAUUCAGACUCGGCCCCUAGCAGUGACCCAAGGGGUGGAAUGGGUGGGGCUGAGGGGGAACCUGGGCAACAAAGCUCAAAGCUGAUUGGAGGCCCCUCUUUGGGGGCCUCUCCGGGGUUGUCGCGCCCCCUCUGCUGCCCCAGGGAACCGCGGGCCCCGAACUCGGACGACACGGACGCCCUGUCGAGCGGCAACGACUCCGGGGAGAGGGAGAGCGAGGGCGGGGCCAGGGGACGCCAGUCCACACGGAGCUCCUCCCACAGCUCGUCCAGCCGCAACGGGAAGGACUCCGCCAUCGUCCUGGAAACCACCGAGAGCAACAAGAGCUCCAGCUUUCAGAGCGGAUCCCCCCCCAGCUGUUUCAGCUCGGAGCAGGGCCCCGCCUCCACCUCGGGCUGCAGCAGCGAGCAGUCGGCCCGGCUGCAGAAGGAGCUGAGCCAGGCCCUGAAGGAGCUAAAGAUCCGCGUCCCCGCCCAGCGCAAGGGCAAGGGCUACUCCAGCACGCUGGCCGCACUCAAAUACGCCCUCACCUGUGUCAAACAAGUGCGAGCCAAUCAAGAGUACUAUCACCAGUGGAAUGUGGAGGACAGCCACGGGUGCAGUCUGGACCUCUCCACCUUCACCUUUGAGGAGCUGGACAACAUCACCUCUGAGUACACUCUGAAAAACACAGACACGUUCUCCAUGGCCGUCUCCUUCCUGUCGGGGAAGGUGGUGUACAUCUCGCCCCAGGGCUCGUCCAUGCUGCGCUGCCGGCUGGAGCUCCUGCUGGGGGCGCUGUUCUCUGAGCUGCUGGCGCCCCAGGACGUCAGCACCUUCUACAGCAGCACCGCGCCCUGCCGCCUGCCCCACUGGCCCUCCUGCCUGGGCUCAGCUGCCUCCCCCGUGGACAGCGCUCAGGAGAAGUCCAUGUUCUGCCGGAUCAGCGGGGGCCGGGAGUACGAGGGCGGGGCGCGGUACUACCCGUUCCGCCUCACCCCGUACCAGCUGACCCUGCGCGACUCGGACGCCUGCGACCCCCAGCCCUGCUGCCUGCUCAUCGCCGAGAGGGUGCACUCCGGAUACGAGGCUCCCCGGAUCCCUGCGGAUAAGAGGAUCUUCACCACUAGUCACUCUCCGAGCUGCCUGUUCCAGGAGGUGGACGAGAGGGCGGUGCCGUUGUUGGGGUACCUUCCCCAGGAUCUGGUGGGGGCUCCUGUGCUCUUACACCUGCACCCCGAGGACAGAGCGGUCAUGGUGGCCAUCCACAAGAAGAUCCUCCAGUUCGCUGGCCAGCCGUUUGACCACUCUCCCCUGCGUAUGUGCGCUCGGAGCGGGGAGUACCUCACCAUCGACACCAGCUGGUCCUCCUUCGUCAACCCCUGGAGCCGCAAGGUGGCCUUCAUCGUGGGGCGGCACAAAGUCCGCACGGCACCCCUGAAUGAGGACGUGUUCACCCCGCCUCGGGGGGAGGAGGGCCGGGGCAUGGUGCCGGAGAUCCAGCAGCUGAGCGAGCAGAUCCACCGGCUCCUGCUGCAGCCCAGCCAACUGGGCGGCGCGGGCGGGCUGCUGGAGUAUCCCAGCGCUGCCUCGUCCAGCGACAGUGCUGCAGGACCCCCCCGCCCACACAAACCUAUGACCUUCCAGCAGAUGUGUAAGGACGUGCAUGUGGUGAAGUCCAGCGGGCAGCAGGUGUACAUCGAGUCUCGCAGCCGGGCCCCCCCUCGCAUACGCUCCAGCGCUGCAGAGGGAACCCUCAAGGUCACAGAGAUGUCCAGACUGAUGGGGGACGCGACAAGGCAGGCCGAGACUGUCCAGAACACGGUGACGCCCCGUUCACCGCCUCUUCGCAAAGGCAACGCCCCGGCCUACUCCUACCAGCAGAUCAACUGCCUGGACAGCAUCGUACGCUACCUGGAGAGUUGCAACGUUCCCAACACGGUGAAGAGGAAGUGCGAGUCCUCCUCAGGAACUACGUCCUCCACGUCGGAUGAAGACCGGCAGAAGGACUCCGGAGGCCCCAAAGACGCGCCCCCCCUGCCCCCCCUGGCCCUGCCCCCGAAGGCGGAGAGCGUGACCUCUCACUGCAGCUUCAGCAGCACCAUCGUCCACGUCGGGGACAAGAAGCCCCCCGAGUCAGACAUCGUGAUGGAGGAGGCUCCGCCCGCCCCGCCCUCCGCCCUGACCCCGGCCCCGGCGGCCCCGCCCCCCGCGGCCUCCCCCGCCCCCGCAGCGCCGGAGCGGGACCUGUGCGUGGGGCUGACGAAGGAGGUGCUCCUGGUGCACACGCAGCAGGAGGAGCAGGCCUUCCUGGGGCGCUUUCAGGACCUGAGCAGCCUGCCGGACCCCCCCUCCGGCCCCCAGCCCCGCGCAGCGAGGGGCCACUACGCCUCCACCGGCGGCAUCAGAGGGGUGCGUAGCUCCCGGGACUAUCCCACCGUGGCCAGUAGUGGGCGCCGAAGAGGCCGAGGAGGAAAGAGACUCAAGCACCAGGAAACGUCCGAUCAGAGCUGCUCCUUGGGGCCGGGGGGCGCAUUUUUGGGGCCCUUGGGGGGCGUGGCAGCUGGGUCGGCCUCUGUCCCACUGCACACCCAGGUGUCCAUGGGCCCCCAGACGUCCUCCUCCUCCUGGCCCAACUCUGUGGGGUCCCAGGCCAGCCUGCCCUCCCUGCCGUACCACCCCGCCGUCCUGCCCCUCUACCCCCUGUACCCCCCUCUGGCCCCGCCCAUGCCCCACCCCGCUGUGGACGUGCCCAAUCCUGACGCCUCCCUGCGCUAUCCCUUGCAGUGCGCCCAAUUGGCUCCGCCCCUGGCCUCUCCCAUGAUGGCGUUCGUUCUGCCCAAUUACAUUUUCCCCCAACCCAACCCUCCCGUUCUGCAACCCAACCUUCCAAUUCAGCAACCCAACCUUUCCGUUCCGCAAAGCAACCCUCCCGUUCUGCAACCCAACCCUCCAAUUCCACAAGCCAGUUCCACCCAGGAGUUUUACAACCCCGAUCACAUGUUCCCCUUCCCCCGUCCCGCGCCGGUGGCCCCCGCCGCGGCCCUGCGCGCCCCCCCGUCCCGUUCCAGCACCCCCCUGUCCUGCAGUCAGCCGCCCCCCGAAAGGGACGGGACAGAUUCUCCCCUCUUCCAGUCCCGCUGCUCCUCCCCCCUCAACCUGCUGCAGCUGGAGGAGUUGCCUAGCAACCGGCUGGAAAUGUCAGCCCUGGUUGCCACCCAGCAGGCCACACCCACCCUAAACGGGGCUGCGCCGGAUUGGACGGCGCAGCAGGGAGGCGUCGCCACAAUGCAGGCCUCCACGAACCCAAGCGACGCAGUCGGGGACGGCAAAGAGAACGAGACGACGGAAGCCAACGAGUCGUCCAACCAGGAUGCCAUGUCCACCUCCAGUGACCUGCUGGACCUGCUGCUCCAGGAGGACUCCCGAUCGGGCACCGGCUCGGCCGCCUCGGGCUCGGGGUCCUCCAGGUCCGGCUCCCAGGGCUGCAGCAUGACGGAGAGCGGCACCAGGAGCAGUCAGAGCAGCCACACCAGCCAGUACUUCGGCAGCAUCGACUCCUCCGAGAACGAGCACUCCCGGAAGCAGCCAGCAGGGGGCGCGGGCGAGGAGCAGUUCAUCAAGUACGUCCUGCAGGACCCCAUCUGGCUGCUCAUGGCCAACACCGACGAGAAGGUGAUGAUGACCUACCAGCUGCCUGUCAGGGACCGGGAGCAGGUCCUGCUGGAGGACAGGAGGGCUCUGAGGUCCAUGCAGAAGCAGCAGCCUCGUUUCAGCGAGCUGCAGAAGAGGGAGCUGAGCCUGGUGCACCCCUGGAUCCGCACGGGACGCCUGCCCCCAGCCAUCGACAUACAGAUGUGUGUGGAGUGCGGCUUAUCCCCCGCUGUUCCGGAGGCCACGCCUUUCGACGUGCAGAUCCACGACAUGGACCUGACCGGGGUUCCCGACCCGCCCCUCCAGGCCGCCACGGACGCCCCGGCCCAAACCAGCGACCAGGAAAUGACGUCGGAGGAACAGGAAGUGACCUCGCGGUCAGCCGUGGAGAAAUGGUCGCUUGAGACCGGAAUGGCCCACUGAAGCGCCAGGGAGGAGCCUGGCGAUGUGUGACUCUUAAUAACCCUGGAGUGGUGCGCCGACGCACACGCUGUGUGUGGAGCGCCCGGUCGGGUGGCGGGGUUCAGUUUGGCCCCUGCAGGCUUCCGUACCUGCUGCUGCAGUCAGAGCAGGUCAGGUUUGCCCGGACACCGGCCGCACCGCGGUCGAGCGGGAGGCCCAGCUUUCCCGCGUGGCGCGCAGUUUACACGGUCAGCGCCUCGGUGACGUGUAGUGCGCGCGUGGUCAGUGUGUCAGUCGCCCGUCAGUUUCGCGCGGUCAGCGUGUCAGUACCUGUCAGUGAGCUGUCUGUGGAAAAUCUCCAUCUUUGAGGCUUUCUGGUCUCCAGUAGUUUUUAGGGGAGGAAAAGAUCUAUAGCGUACGUUUUUGAGUCAAGUUAUUUAAAAAGAUUGGUGACUGGCAAAGCAAAUGAAAACGGAGGGGGAAAAUGGGUCAUGGCAAGACAGCGUGACCUCUGAUUGGCUGACGAUACAGGAAGUAGGAAGUGGGGAGGACAGGGGAGGUGGAGGGCACACAGCUCUCCACAGCAGUUGAGAGAUCCUGUCUGGUCUUAACACUGUCCGGUUCAUGCAAAGUGCAUUUCCACACCACGGCGACGACUACUGUCCUUCUCAACAACACUAGAAGUAGAGGUGUGGAAAAGUGUAAAUGUUGCUUACUGAACUGAAAGAGGCCAUUUUGAGCGAUGACUCAGCUCGAUUGUACAGUGGUGCUUUGGCAUAUCCCUGACAAGAAAAGGUCCUCUGAAAGACUAAAUCAGUUUCGCUUGAUCAGUACGUUUGAAUGUUUCUGAAGGUUUAGUGUUCAUCCACUGAAAGAAAAGGUUGUUUAUUUUUUAAUACAGUGUAUAUAUUUUUGUACUUCAUUGUAAAUUAUGUAUUUGUAACUAUUUCUGUAAGUGUGUGUGUGAGAGUGAGAGAAAGCAAGUGAAAGAGUGAAAGAGAGAGAGUAUGCGUGUGUAUGCAUUACAUAUCCCAGCAUGGAUUGGGAGAAAUGUCAGUUUGAGUAAGAAUGCCCCCUUACAUCCAUAUAAUUGAAAUAGCGUCCCCAUGGUAACAGACCCUUCGACUAUUCUAGCUGUGUGGUCUACUGUAUGCUGUGUGGUCUACUGUAUGCUGCAUUGUAUACUAUAUGCUGUGUGGUAUACUAUAUGCUGCUGUCUGUGCUCCUGUGGUGGCUUCCGCCCAGUAGUGUUGUCAAGGCUUGGGUUUACCUUUUGAUUCAUUGUUGGCCACAGUCGCACAACUGGAACGACCAGGAACGUCAGGAAUCUGCGACCAUUACUGGCUGAGUGUGACCCUGUCGAGCACUGUCGUGGUGAGGGACAAAUCUUUUGACUUCGAGCUCAAGUCAGAAUGCUCAGGAUUUCUGAAACCUUAUUGGUGGGCAUGUUUCCAUGGGACCCAGGACAAGGUUCAGCAUGAUGUGGACAAUCCAAGGAGUCAUUUUCUCUCUUUCGUUCCGUGCAAGUCACUUUGGAAUUGGUUAUGUGCAAUUGCAUCAGUGGUCUUCAGUAUGUUGGAAUUAUUUUUUGUUUGUUAAUAAAAUAAUGAAAUGCCA